UAGUGGAUCAGUCUGUGUAGAAAGUUGUCCUGGGGGGGAAGAAUUGGAUACGCCUAAAAACUUGUGGGAUUGUGUAUACUGAUUUGCAGUUACUUGCACACAUAGAUAAUUUGACAGUGAUCUUUCUCUGUUUUAUUUUCCAAAGAAAAAAAACUUUUUUGGAAAGGUCUAUUUUUAAUUAAACGCUUUGCACCUUUGAUAUUAAUUUUUUCUGCAUUUUUUGUUACAGUUCUUUUUAUAAAUAUACUGUAUGUACAUUUAUUUUAACUAAACAUUUUUUUUUCAAAAUCUUAAAUGAGCAAGUGGGUGCAUUUGCAUAAAGCAAAGAUCCUGCUCAGUACACAGUGACUGGCCACAGGUGCGUGUGGAUGCUAAAAAGGGAAUCCUGAAGUGACAGCUCAGAAGGGCACACAUCUCGACACGCCUGUGGUGAGCAGCUAUAAACCAAUUUAACUCUGAAGAAGGUCUGGAGGAGUUCACCACCCGGCAUUUGUCAUUUUCAGAUUCAACCAGUGAACCUAUCCCCCGCUUUUUUGUUUUUUUCAUCGUAAAUUAAGAAGAUGUACCUGGACUUAUUUCUGUUGUCAUGCUGUUUGGGACUGUCCCAGUGUUUGGGCUCCUAUGUACCCUGCGAUGCUUGUGAUCAAAAAGCCCUAUCAAUGUGCCCCCCGGUAACGGGCGGCUGUGAGCUGGUCAAGGAACCGGGCUGUGGCUGCUGCCUGACUUGCGCGCUGUCCGAGGGGCAGCAGUGUGGCGUGUACACGCAACCGUGCACCCAGGGGCUUCGCUGUCUGCCGAGGAAUGGAGAGGAAAAGCCGCUUCACGCCCUGCUGCACGGCAGGGGAAUUUGCCGACAUGAGAAAGGCUACAAAGAGCACCAUCCCGUUCUAGCCGAACGUGAAUCGCGAGAACAUGAAGAGGCUCCAACUGUUGAGAUCACUGAAGAUCCACUCCCAGCCAAAGUACCUCCUAGGGCAAAAGACCGCUUUUUGGAUAGGAAGGCAGACGCUUUGCGAAAAGACAAAAGGAAGAAAUUAGAAAAAUCCAGGGCAGUGGGUCCAGUGAAUUACCCUCAUUAUUCUAAUGAUAAAAAUGAGGCAGAAUAUGGUCCAUGCCGCAGGCAGAUGGAAAGCAUUCUUCAGGAUAUGAAAGUCACAUCUCGAAUUGUACCACAGACACUCUAUUUACCAAACUGUGACCGAAAGGGCUUUUACAAGAGGAAACAGUGCAAGCCAUCUCGUGGACGAAAGAGAGGAAUAUGUUGGUGCGUGGAUAAGUAUGGGUUGAAGCUUCCUGGUACAGAUUACAAUGGUGGGGACAUCCAGUGCCAGGAUCUGGAGAAUCCAAACAAUGAGUGAGAAGCAGAGUAGAAGGGGAUUCCUCCCAUCGCCACACUCUCAGCACACCAGAUCCAGGGCUUUCCUCCUUCCCUACCGUUUCUUCGUCGGUCAUAUUGGGAUAGGAAUUGUGCAUUGAAAGCAUAAAAGAAAAAAAAAAAGACUUUUGAACCUUUGAUUGUGCACUCAAUUCUAAAUAGCUGGACCCAGCAAAGACUAUCUUCUCUUCUUCUCUUUACAUGUGUAGUUUGUGUCUAGUUUCUGGGUCAAAGCAGAAAAGAUGAAAGAUUAUUCCUUGUGUUUGUAUGUGUUUUAUGUGUGUGUGUGUUUCUAUCUAUCUAUCUCUCUAUUCUAUAUAUAUAUAUAUAUAUAUAUAUAUAUAUAUAUAUAUAUAUAUAAUAUUUAUAUUAGUGUGUCUUUGUGUGUAUGUGCACACACAUAUUUACAUCACACACAUGCACAUAUAUAAAUGUAUAUAUAUAUAUAUAUAUAUAUAUAUAUAUAUAUAUAUAUAUAUAUAUAUAUAUAUAUAUAUAUAUUAUGUAUAUACAUAAAAUUCUUAUUGUUUUAACAGAACCAGAUAUUUGGAGAAGAAAACAUUUAUUACUUUGUAAGUUUUAUUAAAUCAAAAAGAGGCAACUGACAAGUCAGUAUGAAUCCUCCAAAUUUCAAUGUGUGGCUGUAAGUAGAGCGAAGCCAGAUGUGUAAUACGAUUGGCUGAAGCUUUAGCUUUAUUAAAUUAAUAAAGUGAUCUUCAGGAACAGUUCUCAUUAUCACAUAUGCUUAGACUGUCAAGCAUUUACCCAUGGAUGUAUAGGUUUUGUUUAUUCAUAGAGUAUUUGCAAAAUGUAUCACUUUCUUAAUGUGAUUUAAAAACAAAAAUUGCGUAUAUUUUUUUAUUAUUUCUAAUGAUGUUUAGUAAAGAAGUAACCCUUCAAGUUUUUUAAGGCUAUAUCAGAUGCAAUAAGAGGCUUAAAUUAUAAGUCAGGCAGCUAACUAUCAUUAUUCUCCAUGUGGUUCUGAAUGAACAAGACUACCCUCGUAGUCUAUUUGCCUGGUCAAGAUGAUUUGACUUAUAGUAGUAAAAAUAACAAUGGUUUUGCUUUUAAAGCAUGUGUUUUUACUUUUUUUAUUAUUAUGGAUAUUAUUUUUCAUGAAAUUGGUUAGAAUGCAGACAACUGAACCACACUCUACUAUGUAUGCCUGUUCAUUCUCUUUCUUUUAUCAGUUUGUCAUUUGCUUGCUCAUUGUGCCUUGCUCAGUUGUUGCUGUGUUUGUGUCUCCUACCAAGUGAGAAAUUAUUGUCUAUAACUUUUUUGAGCCAUUUCUUUUUAAGUUGUCCUCAGUUUAUUAUAUGCAAUGAUUUUAUCAGGCAAGAACUGAAGGUAAGAAUGUUACUGUGUUAAGAAGAAUGUAAACUUAGCAAAAAAUGUAUGUGUGUGUAUAUAUAUAUAUAUAUAUAUAUAUAUAUAUAUAUAUAUAUAUAUAUAUAUAUAUAUAUAUAAUAUUUCUGGCAGUGACAGAAAUUAGCCUUAAGGUAGAGAUGAAUUUGUAAUGAAGUCAGAGACACAAAGAGAAGAAGAAAGAGCAGGUGUGUUUUUCUUCUCCUGGGAUGUGCCUGUCAAGUUCUCUUAGAAGACAAUUUCUUUAAUUUACCACAUUUGAUUGUUUUUUUUCUAUGAACGUAACCGAAUGUAGAUUUUUGGUAGUGAAGCUACUGAAAACAACAAUAGAAAGGGAGAUUGUUGUGCCUUCUACACAAGCAAAUUUUAAAAAGUACAGACAUACACACUAAUUUAAAAUGCUUAUCCUCAGCGUCCACUUUUAAAUGAAUUUACGUUACGGAUGAACACGCUAGAACCACAGGAUCGUAGAUCAAGUGCUUUGUUAAAAACAAUUUCAUUAUUGUGCUGAGUUUUAACUUCUAUCACAAUAACUAAGUGAGCAAUUGAAGGGCUUCAAAAUGAGUCUUGUUAAUUCCAUCACAGAUGGGUGGAUCUGUACGUUUAUUGUCUAUGCAGAUGGUAAACAGAGCAUUUGUUUGGUAGUAAUAAUAGAGUACUUGGUACACAAUAUGCAACCACAGGUUAAUUGUUGAAAAUAACCAUAAGUUACUGCAGCUACUUCAAGAGAAAUUGCUGUAUUUAUGCUUGUACAGUUUCUGGCUCUGAUGUCUGUGUAAAACUAAAAAAAAAUCUAGUGUUUGUUGUUUUUAGCUGUAAUGACAAUAUGCAGUCACAUUCUGGAAUGCAUGGUCUUGUUAGUGCACAGAGCUCUAGUAUGGUUCUUAAUAUGUCAUGUUAGAAUUGGCUGGUGCUGCCCACAUUUUUAGACAGCUUAAUGGUUGUGCAUUUACCCACAAAGCCAGUGUUUUCUCAAUGUUUUAUUUACCAGUUGCUACAUUCAGAAUGGUCAUUUAUGUUGACGGAUAUUUUUGCAGGUUUACAUUUGACCACAUGGUGCAUUUGUCACAUGUUCGUGUUACUUUACUGAUCACAGUCGUUGGCUUGACACUCUUUGCAUAGACGCGGUACACUGCUCCACAAUGGGGACUGUGUGACUUAAAGAAUAUUACUAUAGUAAAGUCUAAUCCAAUCUUGCUGCUGUCUCCUGUAAUUGGAUAAGCUGAGCAGUAAAGCAAAUUGUCAUUCUUGUGAAAAGGUGCUUUUUCUAAUUACAAGCCAUUAAAACUGAGAACCUUUUUGGGAACUUCUUGACAUAACUCUGUGUAUUAGUUGCUAUUCUUGGACAGAUGUGUCCUUGCAGUGGGUUUUAGAUGAUGUUGUAAGGCAUUAGAUAAACAAACUGUCUUAACUCUCACAGUAAUCAAAAGACAAUGUUUCUGCAAUGUGUUGAUUAAAUGGCUGUAGGAAAGGGGUCAUCAGGCAGUCAUUUCCCAAAGUUAUAGUAAUAGCUGGCGUUUGAGGGUAGGAGAUGUAUAUUUGUGCAGUACACAUGUUUGCAGAUUAGACAAAAUGGUUUAAGGAAUUAAAAAUAAGAUCAAGUGAGAGAUGAGGAUAACAGCCUGGUUGGAAAAUGAAACCAAUACUGCCAUUUAUAUCAUAACCUUUGGAAUAGAAAUGCCCUAUACAUUCCAGAUCAACCAAGUAACAGCCAUUAAAACUCCAUAAAAGGAAAUAAAGUCUUAGUAGCAAAUACAGAAAUAGAUUUACUGAUGAAAAAUUAUAAAUAAGGGCAUUCUUUGUUAACGUCUAACUUAGAUAUGACAGUAAAAGGAGUCAUUAUAAGUCGCAAUUGAGUUUUGAACAGUACAUUUAGGAAUAACAGUGCACACAUUUAUUCUAGAGAAAGGUCACUUGUAUUAUGUCAAAUGAUCACUUAACGCAUGAAAAUGUCAUACUCAGUACAGAGGAAGUAAUGUAUGUGUAUCAGAAAGUCUAAAAAAUUUUGAUGAUACCAAAUUUCUUUUUAAACAUUACUAAUAGUUAUCCAUUGCCGAGGGGUCGAGGGACAUCUUCCCAAACCUCCCCACCGAUAGACAGUUCUAAAUCUGUAAGCACCAGGUACUAUCUAAUCUAAAAACCUUGUACCCGUGUGCAGCUUUAACUCAUUAUUGUGUCAGUGCUUUUUUGUUAUCUGGAAGUGCUUUCAUAGUUUAAAGGAACAGCGGUGCAUGCCAUUGUGCACAGAGUGCACUUUGUGACACUACAAAAAGGCAGCUUGGUAUAAGACACCAUUUACUGUAUUGUUACAGAUUCUGUUGGCUUCCACAAACCACUGUGCUCAGACACUGUGUAUUUCGUCUCUUACCUCUCCAUUUAUAAUUUUUAAAAGACACAUUUUUCACUUCACUCAAAAGGAAAUAUAACUGUUCCUUUAUCUUUCAGUUAUGCUUGACAAGUACUUUUCAGUAAGAAAUCAACUCACUUAAUUCAAUUAGUUCAAACUCAAUUAUUCUCACUUAACAUUUUUCUCAUUAUUAUAAAAAGAUUUGCAAAGAUCAAAAUGUGGCAGCUUUCAACAGUGUACAUUUUGACAUAAUCAAAAAUUGAUUCCUACUUUUAUGCAACUUUGUUAUCCAACAACUGCUUGUCCUGUAAUCUUGUGGUUUGCUCUGCACUGUAAGCAUAUCCGCUUGAUGAAGCACCUUGUGAUUACAUGAGGUAAAAAGUGAUUUGGUCAUGAUUUUAAUUUUAAAACACCCAAAUGUGUCACAUUUUUCAUUUCACUUACAGUACUGACAUUGUAAGCAGUAAAAAAAAUCAGUGUUACAACCAAAUUUAUAGACAAUAGUUUUUCAUAGAUGUGGUGCAAUAAGCAAAAUUACUUUGAAACUUAAUCCAAAUCCAAAUGUUCAACAAUUGUACCCUUUUACAUCCUUCAAAACCUCUCAAUUAUAGUGAAAUAAUUCAAAAAUAAAAUUUUAGCUGAACAGGUCCAAAAUAUAAAGAAAAAAACACCAUGAUCUAUUUCACUAUCCUUUUCUUGCACUCCCUGUGAAAUACACAGUCAUUUAAAAUGUGAGACUCUCACCAGGCAUAUUUCAAUCCACCAAUUAGCCUGCAUACAGUGGCAGGCAACUGGAUAUGUAGCAUGUGAAAAAAUCCAGGGUGAGAGACAACGUGAUAGCCUACUGAACUAAAACAACCAAUAAAAUGUAUUGUAGGCUUCAUUCAAAGUGAGCAGUACUCCAUUGAACUGCAUGUAGUACGUAUAGUGUAAUAUUUUAUGGAAAUAUUCUGCAGGAUUUGCACAGCAAGAAAAAUAGUCUCAUCAUGGUAGUGCACAUUAAUAAAAACUGUCAAGACUCAAACCCAGUUGUGAGAAGAAUGGCAACAAAGGAAGUGGGCACCAUUUUAACAGAUCACAGACUUGUUUUAGUUAUGUUCACUCUUCAUGUUUGUAGAAACCAAAUGCAAACAUGAUAUGUGUUACAGUUUGCAUGGCGAUGUGCAUAAGAGACGCAGUUAGGCCAAGUUCUUUCUGUAAAAUAUCCCUCAUGUAGGUUAGAACAUUAUAACAAUCUAGACGAGAACAGGCCAUUCAGCCUAACAAAAGUUGCCACUUAAUUCUUCUAAAAUAACACCAAGUCGAGUUUUGAAAGUCCCUGAAGUCCUACUGUCCACUGGUAAUUCUGUUUGGUUCUCUGUAUAAAGAAUGUGGCUGUUCUCCUGCUUGCACUGCAAUGGACUGCAUUCCUAUUUAUGUUGGGUUCUGUUCACUGUCAGGAUUGGCUCCAGCUUCCUGCUAUCAAAUACAUAUGUGGAAAAAAUAUUUUAUUAGCAUUACCAAACAUGAAUUUAGUAUUUGAGACAUUUAGGAAAAGCUCAGCACAUUGAAAAUGUAUCUUUCCUUGGCAUUUGCAAAUGAGAAGUUAACAAGCUGCUUCUUUUUAACAGUGGAAUAAAUUAAAGCCAGUAAAAUAAACAGCAUUGGUUUUCUUCUUUAAGACUCUGUUCCCACCACAAUUUAAAUUGGACUUGUAAUGCACAGAUUUGUUGUUCAAGCACUUAGGCCCAGAAAAUUAUUGAAAUCAAUAAAAAAGCGUUUUCAAGAAAUUGGACAUUUAAAAUAAAAUGCUAUCCGCUAUCAUGCUGGACUUUGGCCAUUUUAUUCUUUGAGCAGGGUAACAUCAUUUUACAAAAAUAUACUGCACCCUAUUUUAUUGCCAAGCUUAGUGAGGACCCUUGACUUACUCCGAAAGGGAAAUUCAGCCCAUUUCAUUGUAAUACUUUGAUUGCAAUCUGUCCACCAGGGAUGGAGUUUAGGUUUCCAGUUCAAACCCAACAAGUAUUGCCUUUUGUUUUAAACAAUGUACAUUUCCUAAAUUUCGGAUCCAUCCAUUUCCUAUAUCUUUUUAAGUCUGGGUUACCCCUAUAUAUAACAAAUAAUCUGAAGAUAUGCAAAGCAUUUUUUUUAAUAAGAAAAGUAACGAUUCAUUUGGAAAUAAAAUGAAAAUAGUCAUUAACCUCAAGUAAGAAUUUGAAGAACUGAAAGUCAAUGCAGUGUGCUCACUUAAUUGAUUGCAUUUGUGUACGUUUUGCUAGCUUCUUAGUGUUUUCUUCCUUUUGUUCAUGUAUAAUGGAUCCUUUUUAUAUAGUCUUUCUGUUGUUACUGCUGGGUCUGACUGCUUUCUGCAUGACGAUGGGGGAUUUUGCCACAACUUAUCCAACAACUACUUGACAGCUAUAAGAAAACGUUCAAUCAGAGGAUUAUUUGCUUAAGUCAAGGGAUCAUCUGAUAUUUGGAAUAACAUGCAUAAGAUAAUUUUAAAUCAGUACCUGAAAAGAAUUGAAGCAGAUACAUGUGUUCCUUUUUUCUAAUGUAAUUUCAGAAAUGCAAAGAAUCCCCAGAUCUCUCAUUGAAUCAUAUUUUGAGUUUCAUACCUGGUAAGCUUAAAGGCAAUAAUCACUGCACGUUACCGUAGCUAAAUAUAGCUUUCUUAAAUACAUAACAUCAUUUUUCCAAGGAGAAAAAAAUAUUCAUUAUGUUAAUGUGUGACAUAAACUGGCUUGUAAAAUACAGUAAAUUCAACGGCAACAAGAGUGAAGCGUUUAGCAUUUUGAAUUUUUAUUAUUAAAUAAAAUCAUUUUAUCAAGAACGUGAAUAUCACUGUAUAAUAUUUAUUCAGCCUGUAAUUUAUGUACUCUUUUAACCUUUGUCUUUUUGUUAUGACAAAAACAUUUAUUUAAAUAAAGUUAUGUCUUCAUUUAAAUAGAACAUUAACGCAAAACUGUUUUUGCUUGUAUAUAAUAUUCUGUGCUUGACAGUUUGGAUAUACAUCUGCAAAAUAUUUGACUGAAUCCACACACUACAAAAUGAUUGUGUGGCUGAAAAGGGUCAACAUUGGAAUUGUAUUUGUCAGGCCAAAGUGUGGAGUGAAGUGUUAAAUAAGCUAUCUAUCCAAACAGUAAAACAUCACGAGAUUGCUGAAACAUAUUUGAAAAUAUUGAAUCAUUUAAGGAAGCCCUGCGUUUGGUGUUGUUCCUUUUUUGACAUCUGUUAGAGUUGAGAUGGGAGGAUUUUCUCCACAGUAACAUUUUUCAGAUUUUUUUUUUCAUAUUUUUUACUUGGUGAAACUUUUGGGACAAGUUAAUCAAAACUAAAUACAAUAAUCCUUGAACCAAAAACUUUUUUUUACUGCUUUUGAAUGAAAUAAUGACAGCAGUGUAUGCAAUGUGCUGCAAUAUAUAUUUAGUUUUUUCUUUAGAAAUUUUAUAAGUGUCAGUGAUAAUCUUACCACAUGAGAUUGUUUUGGAAACGUUAAGUAAUUUAAAUUAUACAUGGUUAAGGCUGCACUAUUUUGAGGCAUAGCAAUUACAAAAUACACUUUCUAGCUUCUGAUUAAUUAUAUGGUAAAGGCAAUUGUACUAGUAGACUACCAACCAGACAAACAGGCUUUUAAUUCAUAGCUUUGUUUACCUAAUAACUGUCUUUUCUUUUUUUUUUUUACUUCUUUCUGUACAUUUGGUAUAUUGGUUUUCUUUUGAAAUCAGUAUCCUGAGAACAUUUUUGGAAACAUUUUAAAAAAUUGAUUUAAUAAUGAAGCACUUUAUAACACAACCUGUUUGUUCACAAUUAAGUGUUGCUUAAUUAACAAAGGUGCUGCAGAUCUCAUGGCAGUUCUCUGUGCUAGUAGGGUGAUGUCACAAAUGGACCACCACACCGCUUGAGCGUAGGGGGCAGUGCUCUGAGACGUGACGCAGUGGUGUGGAAUGGAGAAUGGCUCACAGCAAUGAAAUGAUCCCCUCCAAGGGUUUAAGGCAACUUCUAAGAAUUCGUUUUCUACUGUAAACAGUAUAAAGUUUUUAAGACAACAAAUGAAUGCAUUUAUUUGACAAACAUGUUGCUAUGCAGAUAGAUAAUUUGUCAAAUGAAAGACUGUGAAACUUAAAAACUAUGUAAACAUUACUAUUUUAAUCAAUAAAGCCUAGGAAAAAUAACAA